GAGAGAGGAGAGAGAGGAGAGAGAGAGAGCACUAAUAAUAAUAUUGGAAUCGAGAGGAAACAAAAAAAAGGGGGGAAAGGUGCUCUCUUCUUCCUUUUCCUUAGGUUUUCUUUCUUCGUACGUGAUAUAAUAUUCACUCUACACCUACCUCCUUGGAGCCAACUUUCGAUACUCCUGCGAGAAGAGGAAGACGCCUCUACUUCUUCUUCUACUUUUUCUUCUUCUUCUUCUUCUUUUUCUUCUUCUUUUUCUUCUUCUUCUUCAUCAUCAUCAUCAACAUCGUCCAUCGAACCCUAAGUUUGCUGCUUCAUCGUCAUCAACGUCGUCGUUACUCCUACUGUGCGGUACAGUAUCCUCGUCGUCGUUAUUGUCGUUCGUGCCAUCUCCCGAAAAGGAGUGGGUGUUUGGUACGAACCACGGACGGCCUCUGGAGAGCCUCUGGAUUUGUUGGUGGCACGUCAACCCUAAACGCGGUUUACCAUGAGUUCGCGUAAUAUACCCUCGGACAAGAUAAAUCUACGCCUCAUCCUCGUCAGUGGUAAGACAAAAGAGUUCCUAUUCAGUCCGAGCGACUCCGCGGGGGAUAUAGCGCACCAUGUGUUUGAAAACUGGCCGGAAGACUGGGCGGAAGAGGCUGUUGCCAAAGCGGAGAUCCUGCGGCUAAUCUACCAGGGACGUUUUCUGCACAGCAAUGUCACGCUCGGCGCUCUUGGGCUUCCUUUCGGGAAAACCACGGUGAUGCAUUUGGUACCACGAGAAAAUCUUCCCGAGCCUAAUUCCCAAGAUCAAAGGCAAAAAAGUAAAGGUGGUGGUAGCAGUUGCUGCUCAGCAUCCUGCUGCAUACUUUAAUCGGCUGCCCUGGAUUUUCUGAAGUCGUGUUUAAAAGUGGGCCCAGCACGAGUACCUUCGAGCUGAGCUAUGAUUUCUAAGGUUUUAUGCUGAUGUCUAAUUGCUAGUGGCUGAGCUCAUGAGCAAUGUAGCACAAAUUACUCGGAUUCUUCUCGUUUACGUGUUGAUCGAUAGAAGAUAAUAGGAGGUAGGAGAAAAGACAAUGAGGGCAAAGAAAAAGAAAAAAGAACAGAAAAGUAUGAAUUUAAAACCAAAAGAAAGAAAAAUCGAAGGCGAGGAACAAGGAAGAGCAAAUACAAACACAUACACAUAUUUAACACAACUUCGAUAUAAAAUCCCAUGAAAUGAAAAUGGAGAAAGAUAAUAGAGUAUGAAAACAAAAAAAGAAACAAAAAUAAUAUUUCUUCACUUUAAAUAAUAAAACACAUUUUUAUGCGCUAAAAAAUAAAAUUAAUGAAGGUAUAUAUAUAUAUAUAUAUAUAUACAUAUAUAAAUUGCAUGAUGAUUGAUUGAUAAAAAUUAGCACAAUGACGUCCACUACAUAAAAGAAGUUACUAUUAUUAUUGAGAAGAGUAAGAAAUGCAAUUGUAAAGUUCGAGCCAAAGCAUAUUGUCGUCUCUAAUUUUCGUUUCGUAGCGAAAACAUAUGUCACGUGUAUAAUUUAUACAAAGGGAUAUAGUUCACCCAUACAUAUAGACACACACAUAAACACACGUACAAAGAUACACGAAUACAUGUUGCUCGAUGUUUCUGUACUGAAUAAAAAAUGCUUGUUUAUAGUCUUUCGAUUGAGCCAACGGGUGCUAUAGCCGUCUUGGAUCAUGCUUGAUCGAUGGAUAGAUCAUCGUAACCGUGCAGACAGGAUGAUCUAAAAAUUUUAAGAUCUUGUGCCUCGAUCUUCGAGUAUAUCCUUUGCUAUCACCUUGUAACAGAAAAAGAGAGAAAGAGAGAGAGAGAGAGAGAGAGAGAGAGAGAGAGAGAGAGAGAGAAGAAAAAAUAAUAAGAAUGAAAGAGAAAAAGAAAGAGAAUUAACCCUUUAAUCCUUUUUCCUCUCCGACAUGCAUUUUAUUGGUGAGAAUACAUUUCCAUUGAGAAAUAAAAAAAAGAGAAAAAAAUAUUGUUAUUAUUAUUUUUCUUUCUUUUUUCUUCGUUUCACGGAAAAAAUUAUCAAAGAGAAUGAACGUAGAGUUUUGAUAAGUAAAGAUAUAUACGCUCUCUUGAAAGACGCUACAAUGCUUAGAAACUCAACCACUACUCGACUACCGCAGCGUUAUAACAAUUAUGUAGAUGGAAAAAGAAAAAUCGUAUGAGUGUGUUUGCAGAACGGUAUGAAUGAUGUCAAUCUUGCGUAUAUAAGAGUAUUUGUGCGUACGAAUGUAUAUGCGAGUUGU